AUGAAUUUCACAAAACCACCGUUACCCUUCUUUGGAAAUAAGAGUAGAUGUAAAGAUAUUCUAUUGAGAGAACUUAAGAAACUACCGAAUGGUCUAACAUUUGUAGAUUUGUUCGGUGGAAGUUUCUAUAUAUCCCAUUUGUGCCAUACUGUAUUUCCUGACUCAAAGAUUAUAUGCAAUGACUUCGACAACUAUAUGAACCGUCUCAAACAUAUACCAGACACAAAUAAAAUAUUGAGUGAGUUGAAAGAAAAGAUACCUAUAGGUAAGAUGGAACGUAUACCAUUAGAUAAGAAAAAUACUGUCAGAGAGGUUUUGAAAAAAGCAGAAUAUAUAGACUGGGAUAGUAUAUCUGCUAGACUAUUAUAUAGUGGUGCUAUAAGAGUUCAUGACAUUGAAACACUUAUGUCAAAAGUUUUAUAUCUUAACUAUACAAAUGUUUUCAAAGAGGACAUAGAAAAAUAUAUUGAGGGUAUAGAGUUUGUGAGAUGUCAUUGGACAGAGUUGUAUGA